UGGGUAUAUAUAGGGGGAGUGAUGGGCUUCAUUCUCCAUCAUCAGCUCGUUCGUUUUUGCUCUUCAACAGUGUCCCUUUUGUUUGUUUUGCUCUUUUUCAUCCCAUUGGUUCGGUGGGAUUGAGCUUUCAUUGGUUCUUUUUUGCUGUCUGUUUAAGUUGAAACUCUUGCAAGAAUCUGUUUAACUGAUCAUCAGUAACCUGCAAUGGCUGAUCCUGUUCUGACUCGAGUCCACAGCCUCCGCGAGCGCUUGGAUGCCACUCUUGCUGCUCAUCGUAACGAGAUACUGUUGUUUCUGUCGAGGAUCGAAGGCCAUGGAAAAGGGAUUCUGAAACCUCAUCAGCUUCUGUCUGAAUUCGAAGCAAUCUGCGAAGCUGACAAGGAAAAACUGCAGGAUCAUGCCUUCAAAGAAGUCCUCAAGAGCACACAGGAAGCAAUUGUGUUGCCUCCUUGGGUCGCGCUUGCGAUUCGGCUGAGGCCGGGUGUUUGGGAAUACGUACGAGUCAAUGUUAAUGCAUUAGUUGUCGAGGAAGUGUCCGUGUCCCAAUACCUGCAGUUUAAGGAAGAGCUUGUCAAUGGAACCUCCAAUGACAACUUCGUUCUUGAAUUGGAUUUUGAACCAUUCACCUCCUCGUUUCCCAAGCCGACUCUCACCAAGUCGAUUGGUAAUGGAGUCGAGUUUCUCAACAGACAUCUCUCGGCAAAAAUGUUUCAUGAUAGGGAUAGCAUGACCCCUCUUCUUGAUUUCCUCCGAAUGCAUCAUUACAAGGGCAAGACGAUGAUGCUGAAUGACAGAAUUCGGAACCUUAAUUCUCUGCAAGGUGUGCUGCGGAAGGCAGAGGAGUAUCUCUCAACCCUUCCACCGGAGACCCCAUAUGAAGAUUUCGAGCACAAGUUCCAGGAGAUUGGCCUGGAGAGAGGAUGGGGUGAUAAAGCAGAGCGAGUGUCGGAGAUGAUCUCCAUGCUCCUCGACCUUCUCGAAGCUCCAGAUUCUUGCACACUAGAGAAAUUCCUUGGAAGAAUUCCGAUGGUUUUCAACGUUGUCAUUCUGUCCCCCCACGGUUACUUUGCUCAAGAAAACGUCUUAGGUUAUCCGGACACCGGUGGCCAGGUUGUCUACAUUUUGGAUCAAGUUCCCGCCUUGGAGCGUGAAAUGCUCAAACGUAUUAAGGAGCAAGGCCUUGAUAUCAAGCCGCGCAUUCUCAUUGUGACUCGGUUGCUCCCGGAUGCAGUUGGAACCACUUGCGGUCAGCGGCUAGAGAAAGUCUUUGGGACCGAGCACUCCCACAUAAUACGUGUCCCGUUUAGAACUGAGAAGGGAAUUGUCCGAAAAUGGAUCUCUCGUUUUGAGGUUUGGCCUUACAUGGAAACAUUCACUGAGGAUGUCGCCAAAGAGAUUACUGCAGAACUGCAGGCCAAGCCAGAUUUGAUCAUCGGCAACUACAGUGAGGGUAAUCUUGCAGCCUCCUUGCUGGCUCACAAGUUAGGUGUGACACAGUGUACCAUUGCUCAUGCAUUGGAGAAAACUAAAUAUCCUGAUUCAGACAUUUACUGGAAAAAAUUCGAUGAUAAGUAUCACUUCUCGUGCCAGUUUACUGCUGAUCUAUAUGCGAUGAAUCAUACCGACUUUAUCAUUACCAGCACAUUCCAAGAGAUUGCUGGAAGCAAGGACACAGUCGGACAAUACGAGAGCCACAUGGCGUUCACAAUGCCUGGUCUAUACCGAGUUGUCCAUGGCAUCAACGUCUUCGACCCGAAAUUCAACAUUGUCUCUCCGGGAGCUGAUAUGAACCUCUACUUCCCGUAUACGGAGAAGGAAAAGAGACUCACAUCAUACCACCCUGAAAUCGAGGAGCUUCUGUUUAGCGAUGUUGAGAAUGAGGAACAUCUAUGUGUGCUGAAAGACAAGAAGAAGCCGAUCUUAUUCACCAUGGCGAGGUUGGACCGUGUCAAGAACUUAACGGGACUUGUCGAACUAUACGCCAAGAAUCCAAAACUGAGGGAACUGGUUAACCUUGUUGUGGUCGGAGGCGACAGGAGAAAAGAGUCGAAAGACUUGGAAGAACAAGCCGAGAUGAAAAAAAUGUACAGCCUCAUUGAAACCUACAACCUGAAUGGCCAAUUCAGAUGGAUUUCUUCCCAAAUGAACCGUGUGAGAAAUGGUGAACUCUACCGUUACAUUGCCGACAUGAAAGGGGCGUUCGUGCAACCAGCAUUCUACGAGGCCUUCGGGCUGACCGUCGUCGAGGCCAUGACUUGUGGCCUGCCUACAUUCGCCACAGUCCAUGGCGGUCCAGCCGAGAUCAUCGUCCAUGGAAAGUCGGGCUUCCACAUCGAUCCCUACAAUGGGGAACAGGUUGCUGAGACUCUGGUUAACUUCUUUGAGAAGUGCAAGAAGGACCCUUCUCACUGGGAGACGAUCUCGGCAGGCGGGCUCAAGCGUAUCAUGGAGAAGUAUACAUGGCAGAUUUACUCGGACAGGCUACUGACGCUGGCCGGAGUUUAUGGUUUCUGGAAGUACGUGUCCAAGCUCGACCGUCUCGAGAUCAGACGAUACCUUGAAAUGUUCUACGCGCUCAAAUACCGCAAAUUGGCUGAAGCUGUUCCACUGGCUGCUGAGUGAAUGAAGAUUAUGUUCUGUUGCUCUUCAUGACUUUGAAUUGAGUGUGUCUGAGGGCUUUGGACCCAUACAAUUGAUACUAUGUUGUUGUUUCUUCUGAAAAUCAUUGUAAUAAAGAUCAAAAUUUGAGUUUUUGCUCUUUCCUUUGUUGUUCUUAUAUCUGACAUAAGGGAUAAAGGCUUGUCAUAUGUACGCCUGUCCUAAUUUUUUUU